CAGGGUCGGGGCUGCUGCGGAGCAUCUCUGCCAGCGGAACACGAGCUGGAGCCUUUCUUUGUUCUGGUGGCUGCUUCCUACACCCUCCGGCGUCUGGGUCUAUCCCUCGCCUCCCAGCUCCCUCCUCCUGUCCAUCCCCUGUGUCUGGACCUGCAUCCUCUUUCCCCACCGCUUCGUCCCGGAUCCUGUCCUCACCCCUCCCCGAGCCACUUGCCUGGUACCUUCCUCUCCAUCCCUCCCUCCUGCAUCUUCUUCCCCCUGACCUCCUCUCAGGUCCCCCUUUUCCCAAGGUCCGGGUCGCUCCGCCCAGCCCUGCCCCUCCAGGUCAAGGAUGUCCCCUGCAGCCCCGCGCCGAUGGUCCUGACGCUGCUCCUCUCUGCCUACAAGCUGUGCCGCUUCUUCGCCAUGUCAGGCCCACGGCCGGGCGCCGACAGACUAGUGGUGCCGGGGCCGGACGGGGGCGGCGGCGCGGGCCCAUGGUGGGCCGCAGGCGGCCGCGGGCCCCGCGAGGUGUCGCCUGGGCUGGGCACCGAGGUGCAGGGCGCCCUGGAACGUGCGCUGCCCGAGCUGCAGCAGGCGCUGUCGGUGCUGAAGCAGGCGAGUGGCGCGCGGGCUGUGGGCGCCGGCCUGGCCGAGGUUUUCCAGCUGGUAGAGGAGGCCUGGCUGCUGCCGGCCGUGGGCCGCGAGGUAGCCCAGGGUCUGUGCGACGCCAUCCGCCUAGACGGCGGCCUCGACCUGCUGCUGCGGCUGCUGCAGGCGACGGAGCUGGAGACGAGAGUACAGGCCGCUCGCCUGCUGGAGCAGAUCCUGGUGGCUGAGAAUCGGGACCGGGUGGCGCGCAUCGGGCUGGGCGUCAUUCUGAACCUGGCAAAGGAACGCGAGCCGGUAGAGCUGGCUCGGAGCGUGGCAGGCAUCUUGGAGCACAUGUUCAAGCACUCGGAAGAGACGUGCGAGCGGCUGGUGGCGGCCGGCGGCUUGGAUGCGGUGCUGUACUGGUGCCGCCGCACCGACUCGGCGCUGCUGCGCCACUGUGCGCUGGCGCUGGCCAACUGCGCCCUGCACGGCGGCCAGGCGGCGCAGCGCCGCAUGGUGGAGAAGCGCACCGCCGAGUGGCUCUUCCCUCUCGCCUUCUCCAAAGAAGACGAGCUGCUGCGGCUGCACGCCUGCCUCGCCGUGGCGGUGCUGGCCACCAACAAGGAGGUAGAGCGCGAGGUAGAGCGCUCCGGCACGCUGGCGCUCGUGGAGCCGCUCGUGGCCUCCCUGGACCCCGGCCGCUUCGCCCGCUGCCUGGUGGACGCCAGCGACACAAGCCAGGGUCGCGGGCCCGACGACCUGCAGCGCCUAGUGCCGCUGCUUGACUCCUCGCGCUUGGAGGCACAGUGCAUCGGGGCUUUCUAUCUGUGUGCUGAGGCCGCCAUCAAGAGUCUGCAGGGCAAGACCAAGGUAUUCAGUGACAUCGGUGCCAUCCAAAGCCUGAAACGCCUUGUUUCCUACUCCACAAAUGGUACCACGUCGGCACUGGCCAAGCGCGCGCUGCGCCUGCUGGAUGAGGAGGUGCCGAGGCCCAUCCUGCCCUGCGUGCCCAGUUGGAAGGAGGCCGAGGUCCAGAUGUGGCUGCAGCAGAUCGGCUUCUCCCAGUACUGCGAACGUUUCCGGGAGCUGCAAGUAGAUGGCGACUUGCUUCUUCGGCUCACAGAAGAGGAACUCCAGUCCGACCUGGGCAUGAGAUCUGGCAUCACCCGAAAGAGAUUCUUUAGGGAGCUCACAGAGCUCAAGACCUUCGCCAACUACGCUACGUGUGACCGCAGCAACUUGGCUGACUGGUUGGGCAGCCUGGACCCGCGCUUCCGCCAGUACACGUAUGGCUUGGUCAGCUGCGGCCUGGACCGCUCCCUGCUGCACCGGGUGUCAGAGCAGCAGCUCCUGGAGGACUGUGGCAUCUGCCUGGGCGUACACCGCAUGCGCAUCGUCACUGCCGCCAGAGAAAUGCUACACUCCCCGCUGCCCUGCACUGGCUGCAAGCCGAGCGGGGACAUUCCGGAUGUGUUCAUCAGCUACCGCCGGAGCUCAGGCUCCCAGCUGGCCAGCCUCCUGAAGGUGCACCUGCAGCUUCAUGGCUUCAGUGUCUUCAUUGAUGUGGAGAAACUGGAAGCGGGCAAGUUUGAGGACAAGCUCAUCCAGAGUGUCAUGGGUGCCCGCAACUUUGUGCUGGUGCUGUCGGCCGGGGCACUGGACAAGUGCAUGCAGGACCAUGACUGCAAGGACUGGGUGCACAAGGAGAUCGUGACUGCUUUGAGCUGCGGCAAGAACAUCGUGCCCAUCAUUGAUGGCUUCGAGUGGCCAGAGCCCCAGGCUCUGCCCGAGGACAUGCAGGCCGUGCUCACCUUCAAUGGCAUCAAGUGGUCCCACGAGUAUCAGGAGGCCACCAUUGAGAAGAUCAUCCGCUUCCUGCAGGGCCGCUCCUCCCGGGACUCAUCUGCGGGCUCCGACACCAGUUUGGAGGGUGCUGCUCCCAUGGGCCCAAGUUAACCAGUCCCUAGUUCCC